AUGAAGCACGAAGCGCUAGACCCGGUCAACGAGGGUGAUAAUGUAAACAACAAUCUCGCUGACGCCGAUAUUGCCAAUGCCAGCGACAACGCGAACCUUCCUGCUCCCACUUCCAUGGGCUUGGCCAGCCAGAAUGUCAACACCUCUCCCGACGCUGUACAUGGACGGCUUACUACUAUCACAACCCAAAAUGCUGCUUCAGCUAGCGGUGAGCAUCGACAGCUUCAUGGCGACGGACGUUCCGCAUCAGCUACUAGCGCCAAGAAGCCUGCUGUAGCAGCAGCAGCAGCUCCAUUCGGCGGCCGGCUACGAGUGCGGGACCCUUUUUCUGGCCGACUCGUUCGGGUACCCCAAUACCCGCCGGGCUACUGGACCCAUGGGUGGUACGUCUGUGAGGUUCCAGGAUGCGGCCGUCGGUUCACGCUCAGGAGCUCGCGCGAUCGUCACUACCAGACUCAGCACCCCGUUACGAACUGA